AUGCAAAAAAAAAGAGCAUGUGCGCCCAGGGAAACGGCAGUUGACAGAUUCCUCAGAGGGCUAGUGGGACGGGAGGUGGAAGUAGUGAUUUUCACGGGGGAGGCGUACGCAGGCGUGCUUCUUGAGUACAACUCGCGGGGGAGCGUGCUGGUCCAGCUUCCGGCAGAGAUCAAGCAAAACAAACAAGUGCUUGUUCGGUACAGCAGCAUAGUGUAUAUUGCGCAUAAAAAUAAGAAAAAGUGA